AUGGUGACAUAUCAACUUACUGACCAGCAAAAGCGAGAAUUGCAAGUACAAGAUUCCAUCAUUGAUGGAAAACAACUAAAAAAAAGCCUUAUCAAGCUUAGAAAAGAAAAAAAAGAUGCGGAUUUGAAACCUUUUCUACGAGGAAUCCAGCUAUCGUCCUUAUGCAUGCCUCGUUCCAAUAAUGAUGUUGCUCGAGACAAAAGGGACAUCGAUGAGCUGAGGGAAAAAAGUCUCUAUGAUGGGGUUCAGCUAUUGCCUUCUAUGGCAGGUGUAUCCGACGAUAGUCAACUUCAGGAAAAAGCGGAAGACAAAAAAGCAAAAAACCAAUUAAGCGCCAUCAUAAACAUUCUUUUUACUGUAGUGGGGACCACAUUUGCAGUGUGGUAUUGCACAUCUUCUUUUCGAAUAGAAAACAGAGUGGCUAUAUGUGGAUUUUCAUCUCUCUUGGUCCUAAUUGCUGAUACAUUUCUUUACAUUCGGUUUCUUACUUUACCACCCGUACAAGCGCCAAAGCGUGCUAGAGGUGAAGUUAUCUAUACGUGGAGUACCAAAGAUCCACUUGACCAAGACGACCAGAUUUUAUCAUUUUUAAACAGUCCUGUCCCAAUAAAAGAGAAAAAGAAUAAUUAG